AUGCCUGUGCCCGUGCCACCCACUCCGCGUCCGCUCACACCAUCCGCCACUAGUGGCCUCGACGGAGGCAAUUCUCCAUGCCCAUGCCUCGUCAAGGGCGUGUGGCCCACCUACCACGGCGUAUGUAUGUCGCCGUCCCUCUCCUCGCUGACGGUGCGUAGAAUAUAUAUAACAUCGCCGGCAAGUCCACAAUCCUGUGGCAUGGAUCAACGAUAA